GUUUGGGAAUGUGUGUGAAAUUAAAACCAGAUGUUGAAGAGUAGAGUGAGAUCUGAGAGAGCUACGACUAACUGUUGACUCAUCUUUAAACUAACUAUAGUGAUCUAAAAGUUAGUCACAGGAAAGCUCUGGUCAGGCUCGGUGGUGUUUUUAUGUGGGCUGAGAGAGAAGAUGAGAGAAGAGUUGAGAGAAAAAAAGACUGAACGCUUUUUUUGUGAAGAGGUCCAGGAAGUCCAAACCGCUACGUUUGCAAAAACACCGAGGAGUUAGUGGAUGGACAGAAAAAAAAUGUAACCGGUUAACCUUUGAACCGUUUUCCUUUGUGUUCACGAGAAGAAGUCACAAGACAAACUCCAGUAUAACUUCACGAAUGACAGCCCAAACGCAGAGACUUCACUUUCAGGAAAAAGGAAGGAGGAAGACACUCACAUCAUGUCAUCUGUGCAUUUCAACCCAGGUUCAGAUGCAGGUGUAAACGGAAACAUUGCAAAGAUGGAGGAUGCAAAGGUGGAGAUCGAUGAUGGAAAGGAUGAGAGUGUGCUUCCAGACACAACGUAUCACAAUAUCAGGAAGAAGAUAUCCCCCUUUGUUAUGUCCUUUGGAUUUCGUAUAUUCGGAGUGAUACUGAUCAUCGUGGACUUUGUGCUGGUGAUUGUGGAUCUUUCUCUGCCAGCCAAGAGCAGAGAUGUUGGAAACGCUAUAGAGGCUGUGUCCCUCACCAUCUCCUUCUUCUUCCUUGCUGAUGUUCUAUUGCGGGUCUAUGUGGAAGGGUUCAAAGUUUACUUCAGUUCCAAGAUGAACAUUGUAGAUGCCUGUGUUGUGGUCAUCACGCUGGUGGUCACCAUGAUCUACACCUUCUCUGACUUAUCAGGAGCCAGCCUCAUCCCCAGGGUGGUGACGUUCCUUCGUUUCCUGAGAAUAAUGAUCCUGGUGAGGGUUUUCAGACUGGCAGCUCAGAGGAAAGAGCUGGAGAAGGUCACGAGGAGGAUGGUUUCUGAGAACAAGCGGCGUUAUCAGAGGGAUGGAUUCGAUCUGGACCUCACUUAUGUCACAGACCGUGUCAUUGCCAUGUCUUUCCCCUCCUCUGGGAAGCAGUCAUUCUACAGGAAUCCAAUCAAGGAAGUGGCGAGGUUCCUAGACACUAAACAUGAAGGACACUAUAAAGUUUACAACCUGUGUAGUGAGAAAGGCUAUGACCCCGUAUUCUUCCACUACAAGGUUGAGCGAGUGUUCAUCGACGACCACAACGUCCCCUCCUUGGAGGACAUGCUGAAAUACACAGCAAGUGUGAGGGAGUGGAUGUCCUCCGAUCCCCAAAACAUCAUUGCCAUUCAUUGCAAAGGAGGAAAAGGACGCACAGGUACGUUGGUGUGCACCUGGUUAAUCGACAGCGACCAGUUUGAGAGCGCACAAGACAGUCUGGAUUAUUUUGGUGAGAGGAGGACUGAUAAGAGUCAGAGCUCCAAGUUUCAAGGAGUAGAGACUCCCUCCCAGAGUCGGUACGUGGGCUACUAUGAAGUCAUGAAGACCAAAUUCAACAGACAGAUGCCUCCACCCAAAAGCCUCAGGAUCAAGAGCAUCCGCAUCCACUCCAUAGCAGGUGUGGGUAAAGGCAACGGCAGCGACCUCAAAGUGAAGAUUAUUGUGAAGAAAGAGCUUGUGUUUCAAUGUGUGUGUGCCAAACAGGAGAACUGCACAGUAUUUCCUGAUGUGGGGAACAAUGCUGCAGUCAUCAGCCUGCAGAACGGGCCUGUAGUUGAAGGCGAUGUGAAAGUCAUGUUUGAGUCAAGUGCUGGUCUUCCAAAAGGAUACGAAGACGUCCCGUUCUACUUCUGGUUCAACACCUCCUUCAUAGAGAAUGACAAGCUGUAUCUACCCAGGGAAGAGCUCGACAACCCACACAAACCAAAGAUGUGGGACUUGUACAAGGAGGACUUUGGUGUCACUAUGUCUUUCUCAGAACCAUAAAAAGCCUUUAUAAAGAUGAAGAGGAUAAAAAGGCUUGUUACUGUCAAACUUUUAUUGGUUGAUGGUGAUAAAAGAAAUGAUAGACUGAACACUAACUAAGGAAUUAAUGUGAGACAUAAAAGUACUUUUUCAAAUGUG